CCUACACAUAAUAAUCAGUUGCUUUAACACAACACGAGUUUGUGCCACAACUCGUCAGACUGGAUUUGCCCGACCCUAGAACCUGGUGGAGUGGGAAGAAAUCGUGGAGGAACGAGAGGCGGUUUGCCCGAGGGGGCAGCAGCAUGACGGCGGAUUCGGCUGAGCCCGUGCACACGUCUCCCUCUCUCCGGUUCGAGCGCGACGCGGAUCUGACCGAGCGGGACGGCCGCGAGCGCGUGUUCAUCAACGUGUCCGGACUGCGCUUCGAGACGCAGCUAAAGACUCUCUCCCGCUUCCCGAACACACUCCUGGGUGACCCACACAAACGCACCCGUUUCUUUGACCCGCUCCGGAACGAGUACUUCUUCGACCGGAACCGACCCAGCUUCGACGCCAUCCUGUACUACUAUCAAUCCGGCGGGAGGCUCCGCCGACCCCUGAACGUACCGGUAGAGAUUUUCAUGGAGGAGAUCAAGUUUUACGAGAUCGACGAGGCUGUGAUACAGGGCUUCAUCGAUGAUGAAGGGCUUAGCAAGGAGGAGCAGCGCCCGAUGCCCACCAACGAGUUCCAGCGGCAGGUUUGGCUCCUGUUCGAGUAUCCCGACAGCUCGCGAGCAGCCCGAAUGAUCGCCAUUGUGUCAGUGAUGGUCAUCUUGACAUCGAUCGUCAUCUUCUGCUUGGAGACGUUACCAGAAUUCAGAGGUUCCGGCGAUGUGCUGAGCGGACAGGCACCAGUUAACGGGACAACUGAAGAACGCUGGAAUGGCAUCUCGUUCACGGACCCGUUCUUCCUGCUCGAGACGCUGUGCAUCGCGUGGUUCUCCUUCGAGAUGUUCAUGAGGUUCAUGUCGUGUCCGAGCAAGUCCGCGUUCUACAAGGACAUCAUGAACACCAUCGACAUCAUAGCAAUCGUUCCGUACUUCAUAACUCUGGGUCUGGAGCUUGCAGAGCACCGAGGGAACGCGCAGCACGCCGCGUCCCUGGCCGUGCUCAGAGUGAUCCGCCUCGUGCGCGUCUUCCGCAUUUUCAAACUCUCGCGGCACUCGAAGGGACUUCAGAUCCUGGGCCGGACUCUGCACGCCAGCAUGCGCGAGCUGGGACUGCUCAUCUUUUUCCUCGUCAUUGGCAUCGUCCUGUUCUCCAGCGCGGUCUUCUUCGCUGAGGUGGACGACCCCGGGACGAGCUUCACCAGCAUCCCGGAGUCGUUCUGGUGGGCUGUGGUUACCAUGACUACAGUGGGAUACGGCGACAUGAGUCCCGUCACGUUCGGUGGUAAAAUCGUUGGUUCGAUGUGUGCGGUGGCCGGUGUGCUCACGAUUGCCCUGCCUGUACCUGUCAUCGUGUCCAACUUCAGCUAUUUCUACCAGCGGGAAAAUAACGAGGAUGAUCACAAUACCUACACGCAUGUAACCUGCGGGUGUCCCGUGGCCUCGUUUGAUGAAAACAGCAUGCCUAAAAGCGGAAGCAUAAUCACACCCGUUAAAUCAGUGUGCUCGGGGAAUAAUAAUGAUAAUAAUGAUGAGGACUUUAAUUUCUCCGUCUACUGUAAUUUUAAUCUGGAUGAAUACACAGGGAAGCUGACAGAUGUGUGAGCACCCAAAAAAACAAACAAACAACCAAACAGCAUUUUGAGAGUGGCAUUAGAGCAGAGGUUCUCAAAGUGGGGUCUGGGUUCCCCGGGGUCAGUAAAAGCAUUGCUUUAUAUAUAGGGUUCAUAUUUUUUUAUUAUUUAAAAUUUUAUUUUGUUUUAGUGGUUAUUCUCAGUGGUAGAAAUAAAAGUCCACCGUUAUCAAACCUGACAAUUAAUCCAGUUUAGUCUGAGCAACCACCAACACAACAGCAAUGAAUAAGGCAAUUAGAACAUUUUUUGAAAAACAUUUCAAAAUUUUGCAAUAUAGCCUAUGUAAACGAUGCACACGCACCCGUCCGUCCACAUGAUGUAAAAGAAAAUGUGAUUCAUCAGGCCACUUUCUUCCAUUGCUCCAUGGUUCAGUUCUGAUGCUCACAUGCCCAUUGAACGCACUUUCUGCAGUGAAAAAGGGGUCAGCAUGGGCACUCUGAUUGGUCCACUCAACAAGCUGUGAUUCACUGUGUGUUCUGGCAAUUUUCUAUCAUAAUCAUCUCUAUCAUGAUCUCCUCUAUCAUUAAUGUUUUUCAGCAAUUUGUGCCACAGUAGCUUUUCUCAGACCAGACAGUCUAGCCAUCACUCCCCAUGUGCAUCAGUAUGUCUUGGGUGCCCAUGAUGACCCUGUCACAGGUUCACCACUUGUCCUUCCUUGAACCAUUUUUGAUAGGUACUAACCACUGUAUACCCCGAACACCCCACAAAACCUGCCGUUUUGGAGAUACACUGACUCAGUCGUUUAGCCAUCACAAUUUGGCCCUUGUCAAAGUUGCUCAGAUCCUUACACUUGGCCAGUUUUUCCUGCUUCUAACACAUCAACUUCGAGAACUGACUGUUUACUUGGUGCCUAAUAUAUCCCACCCCUUGACAGAUGCCAUUGAAACGAGAUCAUUAAUGUUAUUAACCACCUGUCAGUGGUUUUAAUGUUAUAGCUGAUCGGUAUGUAUGUUUGGCAACUGGUAGCAGGUCAGAUUAAGUUGGAUGUUUCAGCAUUGAAAGUUAUUAUACAUUUACCAUUAAGUUCUUAUAGUUAUUAGCCUGUUUGACUGGUCCCUUGCAUUAAAUGGGUUUAAUAACUCAAUAACUCAAAAACAAGUAUGCCUAUAAAUGAUGUCAGCUUGGACGUAAUGUGUUCUGUGGGUGAAAAGGUCCAGAACAAAAGCUGUAAGACUCCAAUAAAUAGCCAAAACAUUUCAUCCACAUUAAAAUAAUGACCGUAAUAUUUGAAUAGUUGGAUUAUGUUCUUGAAAUAAAUCUGGACUGAUGGGGUUAGACAUUUAUUUUAGUUAAAGAGUGCUUAAAUUAAAUUAACAUUUUUCUGCAAAACAAAUUGGAGAACCUCUCAGAAACUCUCAGAAAAAGGGAACUGUACCAAUCCUUGUCUAUGGCGUGUUACCUUCAAGCAUACAGCUUUAGUAUAUAUCUUUCACCUAGUAAAGUGUGGCUUUGAAGCUCUACUUUAAACCUAAGGUCCAUUUAUGCUCUUUCAAUCAUUUUUAAAAGCACUUCACAUUUCCAGGUGAAAGAUAUAUAUUAAAGGUACAAGUCAAGUCAAGUCAAGUGGGUUUUUAUUGUCAUUCCUCUAUAUAUCUUGUAUGUAUUGGAACGAAAUUACGUUUCUGCAGGACCAUGGUGCAACAUGGAGCAGUACACAAGACUACCUAAAGUGCAAAUACACAACAGUGUGAGAUGAGUGCCAAAUAAUAAAUACACAGAAAAAAAAACAAUAAACACACAGGACAAUAGAUACACAGAACACGGAGUGUAAAUUGUAAACAUGGACUGGAAUCUGUAAGCUAUUGUGUAAUGUAGUAGGACAAGUAUAGCAGCAAUACUGGUAGUAAAAACGAGUUCUAUAAUAUAAAGUGACUGAUGCAGCUCUGUAAAGUGCAGUGUGCAGUAGUACUGAGUCUUACUGGGUUAGGUGUUUGACUAGCCCAGGUGAGCGUUGUGAGGCAGCAGGGUGUUGAGUAAUCUGACUGCCUCAGGAAAGAAACUGUUACGGAGUCUGCUGGUGGUGGCACGGAUGCUCCUGUACCUUCUGCCAGAUGGUAGGAGGAGGAAUAGUCCAUAAAAAUGGCAAGAGGGGUCGUCUGCAAUACUGGUGGCUUUGUGGAUGCAGCAGUUGUUGAAGGAGGUGUCGAUGGUGGGUAGAGAGACCCAGAUGAUCUUUUAAGCUGUCCUCACAAUUCGCUGUAGGGUUGCAGUCAGUGGUUGUGCGGUUCCUGUACCACAAAGUGAGACAGCUCUCUAUCAUCCCUGUGUAGAAGUAGCUGAGGAUGUGACGGGGAAGUUCGGCUCUCUUCAGCCCCCACAGGAAGUGGAUGCACUGCUGGGCCUUCUUGACUAAGCAGGUGGUGUUGAGUCCAAGAAAGUACAAAAGAUAUGUUUUUAGAGGCUUUCACAAGUAGUAAGAAAAGAUAUAGUUGAGUACUUUUUUCUGAGAGUGUACUAUUUGAAUAAUUCAUUUUAUAGUAGGAUUCCCUGGUUUGCAUUAGAGGGCUGAUAUAUAGAGGCCAGUCUAAGGCUAAAAUAAUGAAUGUUAUUGAAUUUGAGCACAAUGUAGUCUUAUAAAACCCAUGGCUUACUUGGCAAAUUAAACACCUUCCCUUCAAACUCAUGUGCAAAAGAGGUGUUACGGGAAAUCAGUGUGAUAACCUCCAGGAACAAGAAUGAGAAAUGAGACGUUUCCAGGAGAAACCAAAAGAAACGUGAUGUAUAUGUGAAAUGAGUGAAUGAGUUAGCACAGUUGCCUUGUUGAUGUAAAGAUAAUAUUGUAAUUAUGUAUGCAUUUUUGUUGCAUUAAGGGCAUUGUUUAUAUGUAAGUUAAUACUUACACUCACUGGCUACUUUAUUGGGAACACCAGUACACCCGCUUAUUCAUACAAUUAUCCAAUCAGCCAAUCUGUAGUUUACACAGAGUGGCACAAAAAACAAAAACACACACAGUGAGUGUCAUCCUGUUAGCUUUGUUGAUAAGAGAAGUCAAAGGACAAUGGCCAAGUUGACAGUAAGGCUAUGGUAACUCAAAUAACCACUCUCUAGAACUGUAGUGAGCAGAAAUGUAUCUCAGAUCAGAAAACAUGUCGAACCUUGCGCCAGAUGGACUACAAUAGUAAAUGACCAAAUCGGGUUUCACUCCCAUCAGCUCAAAUCAGGAAUCUGAGGCUGAAGUGGACACAGGUUCACCAAAAUGUUGAAAAUAAGAAAAAUGAAAAAAGGGAAGAUUUGCAACUGGCACAUCUGGAAUCCAUGCCAUUAAAAAGUGAGGCUGUUCUGAGAGCAGAUGGGGUCCUAUCUAGUAUUAACAUGCUGUUCUUAAUAAAGUGACUGCUGAAUGUUUGUAGUAUGAAAUAGUCAAAAGCAUCCAGAUUGCUGCAGUACAUUAUCUGGCGCUAUCUUGUGGUUACACACGAGCACUGCAGAACUUCUAUGAGCUUUUGUUGGUAAUUUUAGUCUAUUUGCUAGAUAGAGGAGGUCAAAUUAAGACCAUUUGAAUCUUUUUACGGCUCUUAUCUCAGACAGUUUGUCUACUCAGGACUGUUUUUUUUGUUGUUUUUUUUUUUUUUACUUAAACACUGAAACUGUAAAAUAAUGUAUACGUUGUGUAUUUGUAGAUGAUUUUCUGUCAUGAAAGUAAAACUUGCAAACGUGUUAGCGAUUACAAAUACAUUUUUACUAGUAAAUAUUUACAUAUGCAUCAGGAUUAUUAGGAUAUUUUAAAAGCUGAAUUCAAAUAUUAUAAACUUUGUAAAAAUAUCAGUUUAACUGCAUUACAACGACGCUUGUGCACUUUCUGUUGUAUUUUUAAUAAAUAAAAGUAUUU